AUGCUGAGUCGUGACCAGCGCGUGCCUCGACGGCUAUUGCAGCUGUCUCUGCGUGCGUCCAGUGUCCACAAUGGAAGCGCCACAUCGGCCACUACGCUGUCUCGUGCACUGCAGCCCCGCAGCUUCUCCCAGGUCAUCUCCAGCUGUCCGCCUGUGCCUCAAGACGAGUACGAUGAGCUCAAGAGCUUCCUGGCCGAGCCGGUGACCUCGGGACCAACAAUGGAGCGAGCUAAGGAGAUCGUAACCGGAUGGAUGCAGCAAUACGUAGACCCGGCCAUGCUCGGCCAAGACGCCACCGUGAUGGUGAUGGUCGCCGACGCCACAGAGGACCCACAGUUCGUCAUGCAAGUGUACACGUGUCUACGUGACGCCGGCGUGUCGCCUUCCCCCAUCACACUCGAAUACUCGGCCGCAGCUUGUGCGCAGCUGGGCCAAUGGCGCACAGCACUGCAAAUCAUCGACUUUAUGCACCAGGCAGUAGAGAUCAUGCAUCCGUCGCAAGAUAUCUACGAAAACGCGAUUGCGUCGUGUCAUGUAGCUAAGAAAUGGAUGAGAGCAAAGCAUUUACUGGAAGAGAUGCGGACGUACGGGUUAGAGGCAUCUCCAGAGCUGCAUGUGGCGUCGAUCCGACUCUGUAUCGACAUCAAAGAAGCCACAGCGACGCGUGUACUUCUCGAUGCCUUUUUGCGGGCAUAUGACGACGAACUCGACGAGGACGAGAAGCAGGAGAUCGUGAUUGAUCUCUUCCACGCGUCAAUAAACGCCCAGUCACUACCACAAGCGCUUUUCUUUCGCGACGAGCUGUUGGCCAGACAUUAUCCCGUCUCGAAGGAGCGCUAUUCGCGACUCAUCCAUCUCUGUGCUGUCAAGCGACAAUGGCAUAAGGCGCGUGUUUUAUUGCAACAGUUUGUUAACAUCAACGCGCCUCCACCAGAAGCGGCGCCAUCUAACAGAUACACGGACGAUAUUUAUCGGUUAUUGGACGAGAUGCAGACACACGACAUUGAUAUUCCCUUGACAGUAUACAACGCUGCUCUCAGGAACUUUGGCCAGAUCUCUCUACUGGACGACGCACUCUCAGUGUUCUCAGAUAUGCGUGGACGUAGCGUUAUACCUGACGCCACGUCUUAUGCAGCGUUAAUGUGCUCCUGUGGCACUCGCGUAGAGCAAUCAGAAGUUUUUAUCAACGAAUUACAGCGCGACAAGUGUGCUCCUACAUUAGACGUCGUCCACGGGUAUUUGCUGGUUCCAAGUCGUGCGAAACAGUGGGAAGAAGUGCUGAGAAGAUACGCGAUCGUGCAGAACGAUGCUCCUCUAUUCAAGGAUCUCCCACUCGAGUCUGACGUUCGUAUCCAGGCGCUGGUUGCUGUAGCGUAUGGACGCCUCAGUCGGGCAGAGGAGAUGCUCCGUGUCUUCACGUCCAUGAAAAUCAAGGGUAUGGAUCCUAAUCUGCACGUGUAUGGCGAAGCGAUGCUCGCAUACAUUCGCCAAGAUCAAUGGCGCCAUGCGUUGAUGUUAUUCGACCAUCUUUUCCAACAACAGACGCCAGAAAUGCAAGAGAAACGGGUGUUGGAGAACUUCCCAAUGUUGUGGGAUUACGCCAUACUGGCCUGCAUGUUUGGUGAGCAAACCCAGCGUGCAGCAAUGCUGUACGACACGAUCAUAGAGCAGCGUGUUCCGAUUUCCAUGGUGACAGGCGAGCGUCUAGCAGACAUGUUAACGAGCAUCCCGCCAAUCACACUAUGGAAGGCGUUCAAGACGAUUCCGUCGCUACAUCGAACCAAGACGAACGCGUGUUUGAACCCGCGAGUACAGAACGCCGUCCUGAAACGCGCUGUGGAUGAGAACGACAACACUCUAGCUGAGCAAAUUGUGGCCGACGGGAUGCAGCAGCUAAACAUUGUACCCAACUCCAUGACGUUCGCUCUGAUGUUGCGUCUGUAUGCCAGUCGAGAAGACCAGGAGAACUUCCACUUGUGGUGGUGCAGAAUGGAAGACGCUAAGGUGAAACCGACGUUGCAUAUCUUCGGCGUGUUGCUACGCCAGUUGGGUAGUCUGGGCGUGGAUUGUGAGGACUACGCAGCCGAACUUGGACGAGCAGUGCUGGACAUUAUGGAGAGUCGUGGGAUGAGUCCAGACACGGUCUGUCUGCAGAACUAUCUGCUACUUAGUCAGGAUUCGGAGCAUGUAACUCGUGCGCUUGCUUACGUGGAAGACGCAAUGUCAGCAGCGACUCAAGACGACGGAAACAGUGCGCAAGACUGUUGUGAACUCACACCACGGUUGCUACACACGCUGUUUACUGCGCUGGGUAACUUCCCGGAUGCUUCGCGUGUGCGUAAUCUAUUGAAAAGAAUCGUCCAAGACCUACCCAGUGAGCUCUCUGAAGACGCUGUAGCUGCGUUUUGUGCAGCAAAUAAUGGCCAACAAGCGCUGCAACUUCUGCGUGAACUGAUGGAUGCACCAUGCGCUCUGAACGACGAACACGUCUUGUUCUUCCUGACCAACAGCUACACGUGUGAAGAUUCGUCAGUGGAGACAGACACCUCUCGUCCACGCAGCGGGAAUGGAGUGAUCGUGGACAUGGCUUCACUAUUGUGUGAGAGUGAUAAGGUGAAGAUGGAGGCGGGGUGCUUGGCUUUCCUCAUUAAGCACGUUGUGGAGCUUUCCAAGUGGCAGCAACGAGAUGUGUACGAGACAUCAACACAGGAGGAGAUCGAUGCCAUGAAGAAGUUACUGAUGCAUACCUUUUCGGGCUUCUCCAUCUCCCAGGUCACGGAGUUCCUCUCCAAGGUGAUCGAUAGAGACGACCUUGUGCAUGUUAUGAGCGUGCUGGAUGAACUGCAAGGCGCACACUAG